AUGUUUACAUCAGCCAGAACGGUGCUGGCGCAUUUGAUGUAUGAAGUCAUCGCCGGCUGUUCGGCUGCUGAGUGGAGGAUGCUGCUGGGCAGAGCCUUGGUGGCAGGUACACCACACCCCUGUGUAGAGAUUUCACCCCAGCUCUCUCCCCUCUUGCAGAACCAUGUCCUGACCCUGAUGUCCAUGGCAGCUCGCAUCUACAAGCACCCCAGCCUGAAGAAUGCCAUCAACCUGGUGGUGGUGAAGGUGCUGGUGGUGGAUGAGGAGGGAGCAGGGCCGGAGGUAUCAGACAACGGUGGCCUCACCCUACGCAACUUCUGCAGCUGGCAGCAGCAGUUCAACCCACCAAGCGACCGGCACCCUGAGCACUAUGACACAGCCAUCCUGCUCACCCGACAGGAUUUCUGUGGGCAUCAAGGCUGUGACACGCUGGGGGUGGCGGAUAUCGGCACCAUGUGUGACCGCAACAAAAGCUGCUCGGUGAUCGAGGAUGAGGGACUGCAGGCUGCCUACACACUGGCUCAUGAGCUGGGCCACGUGCUCAGCAUGCCCCACGACGACUCCAAGACCUGCGAGCGGCUCUUUGGGCCCCUGGGCAAGCACCAUAUGAUGGCCCCACUCUUCGUCCACCUGAACAAGAGCCAGCCCUGGUCCCCAUGCAGUGCCAUGUACCUCACUGAGUUCCUGGACGGAGGGCACGGUGACUGCUUGCUUGAUGCCCCAGCCCAAGCCCUCUCUCUGCCCUCGGAGCUGCCUGGCCGAGGAGCCCUGUACAGCCUGGACCAGCAGUGCCAGCAGAUCUUUGGCAAAGACUUCCAGCACUGCCCCAACACCACGGAGGAGGACAUCUGUGCCCAGCUGUGGUGUAGGACCAGCAGUGGGGAGCCGCUGUGCCACACCAAGAACGGCAGCCUGCCCUGGGCUGAUGGCACCCCCUGCACAGACGGUGGGCUGUGCUGGGAUGGAGCCUGCCUGCCACAGGAUGCACUGCAGCCCCAGCCGGCGGUUGAUGGCGGCUGGGGUGCAUGGAGCCCAUGGGGUUCGUGCUCACGGACGUGCGGUGGUGGCGUGCAGUUCUCCCACCGCCACUGCGAUCAUCCCCGGCCACAGCACGGCGGCCGCUACUGCGAGGGCCAGCGCACCCGUUACCAGUCGUGCCACACCGACGAGUGCCCGCAGGAUGGCAAGAGCUUUCGGGAGCAGCAGUGUGAGAAAUACAACAGCUACAACUUCACGGAUCUGGAGGGGAACCGGCUGGAGUGGGUCCCCAAGUACGCCGGGGUGUCCCCCCGGGACCGCUGCAAGCUCUUCUGCCGAGCCAGGGGAAGGAGCGAGUUUAAAGUCUUUGAGCCCAAAGUGAUAGAUGGGACGCUGUGUGGUCCGGAGACCCUGUCCAUCUGUGUGCAUGGGCAGUGCAUCAAGGCCGGCUGUGAUCACGUUGUUGGGUCCUCCAAGAAACUGGACAAGUGCGGGGUGUGCGGCGGCAACGGCUCAACCUGCAGGAAAAUAUCCGGCUCGCUCAACCGAUCCAAAUACGGCUACAAUGACAUCGUCACCAUCCCUGCUGGGGCAACCAACAUUGACAUCAAGCAGCGCAGCCACCGCGGGGUGCGCCACGACGGGAACUACCUGGCCCUGAGGACCCUGGAGGGCAGGUACCUGCUGAACGGCGACUUCGCCAUCUCGGCCAUGGAGCAGGACAUCCUCCUUAAGGGCACCAUCCUCAAGUACAGCGGCUCCAUGACGACUCUGGAGAGGCUGCAGAGCUUCCGGCAGCUCCCGGAGCCCCUGACCGUCCAACUGCUGACCAUUGCCAGUGAGGUGUUCCCACCCAAAGUCAAGUACACCUUCUUCAUCCCUAAAGACGUCCCCUUCAGCAAGCAGAAGGACAAAGAGAAGAAGUCAGCCAACGUCAUCCGCCCGAUGCUCACCUCGCAGUGGGUGCUGGGCGACUGGUCCGAGUGCUCCAAGACCUGUGGCUCUGGCUGGCAGAGACGGACGGUGGAGUGCCGGGAUGUCGAAGGCCAACCUUCAGCCACCUGCGACCGAGCCCUCAAGCCUGAGGACAUCAAACCCUGCGGUGACAUCCCAUGCCCUCUCUGGCGCAUGGGCCCGUGGUCGCCGUGCUCCCAGACGUGUGGCGAGGGCGUGCGGACACGCAAUGCUUCCUGCAUCCACUACACCGGCACCGUCAUCGCCCCAGAGAAGUGCAGCUCCCCGGGGCCACCGCCAGCCACUGCCACCUGCCUGCUGCGGCAGUGCUGAGUGGGGACAGCGGGGCACAGGGCUGGGGACACAGGCCACUGAGUGCCACUGUGCCGCAGGCUUGCUUGAGGACGAGAGCUGCUGGUAGCCCGGCGGUUCGUCUACCUCAGAAGGGGGAAUAAGGGCAGCAAGAUAGGGAGGAAUCACUUAUUUGUGUCUUUUCCUUUUUGGCUGGCUGGGGCUGCGGGUUCAGGAGAGAUGGGGUGGGUGGUGGUGGUGUGGGACGUGGUAAAAUUGGGGCUUCUUUGCAAAAGCGUCGUUGUGCAGCUGAGGUCGCUGUCCCUGCCAUGCAGCAGCGUGGGUGUGUUGAGCAUUUUAUCUGCUGUGGUUUUUCAGCUGGAGAUAAGUGGCUCGUGUGGCUGGAAGGGAAUCAGCCGAGGGCUGGGCGAUAGGCAGUCGUGGCGGCUUCUGCUGGAUUUAUAACACAGGAGGUGCCAGAGCUCUGCCUCCAAACAUCCCCCGCAGCCGCUGUUCCUCCCUGAGCUGCAGCCCCACCAGGAACACGUAUCUCCUCACCUCCAUUUCCUCAAUAUAAAACGAUCCCACCCCUGUUCCCACUUGCAGGGUUGCCCCAAGGAUUAAUUAAAGCUCUGCAGCGCUCUGGCUGUGAAAUGCCUGUUGCUGUCCCUGUUCCCCUGCAGAGCAGACAUUUGGCUGCGCCCACAUCCCCUCUCCCAUCCUCUUGGCUCUGCCUGCCACACGCUCACUUUACCAGCUGUGCUUUUCAUUUUGGAGAUGAGACCUAACUGGUACCACUGCUCAGCCCCAAUCCCUCGAGCCCCGGGCACACGAGGAUGCUCAGCCCCAGCAUUUGCUCCAUCUGGGGCUGGAAGCUCCAAAAGGGAGUCCCACAGGACUGCAUCUCCUCUCCCAGCCCAGACUCUCUGGCCGUGCUGCAGAUGCUGCUCACUCACUGACCUCUCCCCUUUUGAAGCAAUCGCCUCUCGCUGGAUGUGUGCUGGCAGCAGCCAGAGCCUUGGGAGCAGGGCUGGAAUUUGCAAAUGUUUUGUCAUUGACAUCGCACUGUGGGUGGAUAUUCGGGGAUUUUUGCUACAUUUGACUUUCCCCGUUUGCAAAAUGAAGCUGCCUCAUGGAACUGCUCUUGUUGCAGGAGCUGCUCGAUCCUGCCCUGCACAUGGGAGGGAGCUUUUGCAAGAAGGGCUGAGCAUGAUGCAACUGUUUUGCCAGCGUGGAGGUGACCGAACAGCAGGUCCAUAUUGCAAACCGUGCCUUGGGGGGAAUCGCUUUUGUCCUCAUUGUUACAGCAGGAUGGAGCUUUUCAAGCAGAGAGCUUGCCUUGUCUGCAAGGAGGCUCUGCUGUCAUUCACUACGUGGAGAUGUGAAUCUGGGCAGCUGCAGGGAUGAGAGGGAUGCAGAUUUUGGAAAGGAUGCACAUUUUGGAGAGGGAUGGAGAUUCUGGAGAAGGAUGCAGAUUUUUGGAGGAUACGCGGAAUUUUGGAAUGGGAUACAGAUUUAGGAGAGGGGAUGCAGACUGUGUGCUUGGAGCAAGGGAGGUCACUUCAAAAUUCAUGUGGACUCUUCCCUGCUGCAGUGCCCACCGUGCAGGUCCGAGAUGAGGCCAGAAGAAGAGCCCUGGCUAAAGCUUUGAUGUAGAAUCCAUCCCCUAGGAGGGACAUGGACCCCUCUGUGAGUGACACCAAGGGCUGCAGAACCAAGGAGUGCAGGGGCUGAACGUUUUGGCUGGGCUCUUUUUGAGAAAAGCCAAAAACAAAAGCCAGCUGCACAGUCUGGAUCCAGAGCUGCUUGGGCUGCAGUUCAGACCUACCUUCGGGCAAUGUUCUCUGUCUGCUAAUUAAUCUCCAGGAAUUUAAGGCCUCUCGCUCUAACAAAUAGCUGGAUGCUAAAGUCAUGUAGCCUCGCUGGGUUGUUUUCUUUUCCGCUUUGCAGCUGAGAGGGUUUUAACUCAAAGGCAAGCAUGUGUUUCCUCUCCAGCGGUGUAAGCAGCAUCCAUUUAGGAUGGGGCAGAUAUUUCAGCCUGAGACAGUGCCAAGGAAAAUGUCUGCAUGUAUCAGCCCUGCGUAGGAGCUCUGCAGCCCGUAAAGGCCUUUCCAGCUUUUCACAUUUGCUCUGCAGCGCUUCCCCUAUGCAAAAAGCUCCCUGCUGCAUCAGACCCCACGCUGUGCCCUUUGUUUUGCCCCUGGGAUGCCAAAGGAGGAAUGCUGCAGCACAGCUGCAGGCACCCACCCAUGGCCAAGGCAGGCUGGUGGCUCCUUGCAGAAAUAUUGCUCAGUUUGGGCCAUCUGGGGCUUUCCUGGGGGCUCGUGGGUCCUGCUUGGGGACAUGGGGUCUGCUCCUGCCUUCCCAUAGCAACACGUAGCCUUUAUGCUGAUUUAUCGAAGAGGUUAUAUAUUAGGAUAUAUAUGUGUAUAUAUAUGUUUCCCUUCAGUGAAGGAUUGUAGCAAUGUACUGAGCCUCUUGUGUAUUUAUUACAGAUUUCUGGUUUGUUUUGUACAGUAGCUGUCUGUACCCUAAGA